UGCGCGUCUAGAGAGACAGAGAGCGCGUCGAAUCUUCGGCAAGAAUCCCGGAAUAGCGUAGCGUUGUUGUUGUUGUAGUAGCAGUUGUUGUUGUUGUGGUUGUGGCCCCGUCGUGCUCGCCUCGUCGCUCGCUGGUAGUGGUACAGGUGCAAACAGUGCUCCGUAGCAGAACCAGUGUUGGGUGUGUUGCCCAAGGGAGAAGGGGAGACGGAGAGGGAGGGUGGGAGAGAGAGUGAAUGUGUUACAGGUGCAGCGUACUAGUAUGGAAAUAGCGAGCGUGAUGGAUAAUAUGAUGAAAACUAGCAUGGGACUACACGACGACCGAUCCUCGCGAAACAGCAACAGCAGCAGUUCCGGAUCACCGACAGUGGUGCACGAGAAGAAAAAGAUGCUGGAUAUUACACGAGACAGACCGAUCAAGAUUGCGGUACGGGUACAAGUUCCUGUGAGAGACCAUCCAAAGUUCAACUUUGUCGGCAAACUUCUCGGUCCGAAAGGCAACUCACUGAAGCGGCUGCAGGAGGAAACGAUGUGCAAAAUGGCGGUCCUGGGAAAGGGAUCGAUGCGCGACCGAAAGAAGGAAGAGGAGCUCCGGCUGAGUGGUGACCCACGGUACGCCCAUCUAUCGGAGGAUCUGCACGUGGAAAUCUCGACCUACACCGCACCGGCGGAAGCGCACGCCCGCAUCGCAUACGCGCUGGCGGAAGUGCGCCGAUUUCUGGUUCCGGACUAUCAUGACGACAUACGGCAGGAGCAGAUGUGGGAAAUGCAGGCCCUUAACUCUCAAAAUGCAAGCAGCAACCUGACAACCGCACACGAAACCAACGGUCUCAAUGGUAACGGCUGUGGCAACGGACUCGGCACCAACGGUAUCAGCAUCAGCAGCAGCGGAAGCAGUUGUAGCACGGCCAGCAACGGUAGCACCACCAAUGGGUCCCUCGGUCCGAACUCGGCUGCGGCUGCUAGCGUAGGUGGUGGUGGUGGUGUGCUCACCAAUGGUAACGGUGUCCUCGGUGCCGGGGGUACCGUGGUGCAGAACGGUGGUGGUGUCCUCGGUGGAGGCGGAAGUAACACCUCGGUCACGGUAGGUGUCGGCUCGGACCUCAACGGCAAUGGCACGCAGCCCCAACAGCAACAGCAGCACCAGCAACAGCAGCACCAGCAACAGCACCAGCAGCAGCAGCAGUCCCAGCAGUCGGUCACAGCAGCGACUGUUGGCACCACCAUAUCAGACCUACAGCAGCACGUGACCAACUCGUUAACGCAGCAGCAGCAGCAGCACCAUCACCAUCACCAUCAACAGCAGCAUCAGCAGCAACAGCAUCAACAACAUCAGCAUCAGCAACAGCAGCAGCAGCAGCAGCAGCAGCAACACCAACAUCAAACGCAGAACCAGUUUCUGUCAGGUGAUACGGACAUGAGCAGUCUCCUGCAGCCGAUGGAUGUGAACAUGACGUCGGCAAAUCAUUUCGUAAACUCCCUACCUACGAGUGACCUGGAAGCGCAAACGCUAGCGUUCGUCGAGUCGGCCAAUGCAUUCCUGCACCCAGCGUUACGGGGCGUGAAGGCCGUUAGCUUAGCUCGCAAGCGGCCACUGCUCGGUGGACCACGGUCUACGAUGAACCCCACGAAGCGCACCGUGAUGACGCUGAUUGCGCGCGCCCGGACCGCCCAAGCCCUGCACGGUUCCCGGACGGCACAACCGAUCGGAGAACCGAUACAGGUGAUUACAUCGCCGUUGAUCCUGCAGCCACCGCUGGAUCUGCUGCAGUCGAACGCACCGGGCACCGGGCACGUGACGAAGGAGAACAUCCUUCAAGGCGCCUGAAGCACUCCGUUUCCCCGGUCGCUGGAGCGGAAAUCCUAGAGUUUAUAUCAUCCUGCUUGAGAGUAAAAAAGAGAGAGAGAGACAAAGAGAGACAGAGAGACAGAAGGGGUGCAGAGGCAGCGGUUCUUCGCGAAUAGCAAUUCCCGCAAUAUGUCCGGACCGGUAACCGCGAGGGCAACCGGCAAGAGAUACCUACCAACAACAGCAACCCCUCCUUCUUCUUCAACCUCCCUCUCACAGCAUCAGCAUGCAUCCCUCGCUUUUCACAUUAAGCAUUUGUCAACAUCCAGGUUAGGAACAACAUGUACCACACAACGACGAUAACACUGAGGUUUCACAAUACGACAAAAUUACCACAAAAGCGGCAGUAACAGAGAGUAAGAGAGAGAGAGAGAAAAUGAGAGAUAGCAUGGUGGGUGGGAAAGAUAACACUGGAACAAAGCCAGCGAAAAGCGCGGAGAAGCUUCGGAGAAGCGAACAAGAAGAACAAGAUGUGGGCGCGCGCGCAAAACAAAAAACGAAACAAAAAUGGACAAAAAGCAAACAAUGCAAAACGCAAAAUGGAAUAAAAAUACAAAUAAGUCCUUGGUAGAACCAAAUUGGUGGGUUUUUGGUGAGCGGAAAAAAAUGGCGGAACCUCCCCCGCCAACGCGCGCGGUUCCGUUUUGAUCAUUAUUUUUAGGAACGGUCCACCACCACCGCCAUCACCACC